AUGUCAACCACAGUCGACUCGUCGGCCCAGGUUUUUAAGCCUAUCUUGGGCUAUGUCAAAGCCGAACUCGCCAUCAACUGUAUAGUCGUCCUGCUGGUUCUGGUCGUUGUUGGCCUGCGCGUCGUAGGAAGAUUGAUCGGACCUGGCCUCGGAUGGGAUGAUGGGUUUGUCAUGUUCUGUGUGCCAUUGGGUGUGGCCAUGCUGUGCUGUCAAGGCCUGUUUGCGCCCGUUGGAAACGGUUACGAAUUAGCGACGAAUAUGGAUCUCGCCGUCAAUAUUCCAUUCAUCCUUAAGUUGACAUUCUGUAUGCAAGCCAUCUAUGUCACACUUCUCGCCGCCGUCAAAGCAAGCAUGCUGUCGUUCUAUAUCCGCGUCUUCCCCACGCCAUUUAUGCAAAAGUCCUCAAAGGCCGCUCUCGUCUUUGUCGCAUUGUGGCUCAUCUCCUAUCUCUGCGCUUGCAUCUUCAUCUGCAAACCAGUAUCAGCCCAGUGGGAAGCACCAUUGCAAUGCGGAAACUACAUUGCCAUGAUUCAGUCUCUGAUUGUUACCAAUGCCAUUGGUGAUUUGAUCAUCAUGGCCCUGCCCAUGCAGAGUGUCUGGAGCUUGAAGACAAGGCGUGCUGAGAAGAUCGGUAUCACCUCUUGUUUUGCACUUGGUCUAGCUUGCGUUAUAUGCGCAGUCUUCCGACUUAUCUACAUCUCCACCGUCGAUCUCAACAACAACAUCACCGGCACAAUGCCUACCACCAUUUUCCUUUUCAUCCUCGAGCCCAACCUGGCCAUCCUCUGCGUCAGCAUCCCCAUGCUUCGACCUUUCUACGCCAAGUACAAGAAGCGAAUGGGAGGAUCCCGACUCGACGAAUACUCCACCGAACGAAGCACUGGAUUCAGAGACAUGAGCCGAUCGGGCGCACAGAGCGCUCACCCAGAAGUCAUACGAGACCCCAAUCUAUCUACCUGGGAAAUGGACGACUACCGACCUAGCGACAAGGUUCAACACGGCUACGCUGUGAAUGGUUUCGUGGAUGAGUCUGGGUCUGAGAAGAAUCUGACCGUUGGCUCGUCUGAAGCACGAAACAACGAGAUCAGCGUUCAGACUCAAUGGACAGUGACUCACACUCGCAAGUAG